AUGGCUUCAAAGACGAUCCGCUUCAGUCCGACAGACCGCCUCCAGGAAUACUGGAGGGCCGCGAAGAAGGCCCUGGCGCCUUCCGCACCUUCCGAAACACAGAGCGACGCUGCAUCUUCGGACAGCUCCUGGGCUACCGAUGCGAACCGUAAAGAGGGGAUGGUGGAGGAAGUUGACGACGGAAACAUGACCGAAGAGAUUAUCGUAGACUCAGAGUUCCUGGCCAUACCUUCAAAGCCCUUGGGAAUGAACAGCCGGUCCCACUCGUUCAGCGUGAAUAGCACGACCACCAACACACAAACGGAGACGACUGGCCACGAGUUAGAGUCUGCUUGGUCACAGACAACCGGAGAGAGCGGGUUCCCGCGGUCGUUAGUAUUCACCAACUCGAGAGCGAUUAUCGCCGUGAGGAGAUACUUCAACCUUUCGUUCGAAGGAGACGAUACGGAACGCACCUACAUGAAGGAACGAUGGUACCAAAGAAAAGCGCUAGCACUUCUAGCGGCUGGGUUUGCGCUGGUGGUGUGGAUCCUCAGUCUGGCGGUGGUCAAUCCGCAGCCAUAUACCACAUACAACAAGUGGGCGGCAGGAUGUACUGCAGUUAUCACGGUGCUCCUUAUCGUCGCGGUGGCAGCAAAUGCACCACAAGCCCACCCCAUCAAGUGGCAAAUCCUGCUUUACCUGAUGACGCUCUGCUGGCCAACCAUUCUGGUCGUCGAGAUGAGAACUUGUGGAUUCUACCACGAUCAAACCGCAGGCGUGUUUGGCGGGCCUGGGUGCGGAGCAAAGGAUUUCUCUCUGACAAUAUUCUACGCCGCUGCGUUUGUAACGACGUCGUUGUUUGCGUUGGGGCAAACGCGUCUGUGGUCAGGUGCUGUCGUGAUAUCGUUCUUGGCGCUGAUAUGCGCCGUCAUUGUUCCUGUGCGCAUCUACUACCUGCGUGCGGCAACGGUGUACGUGAUCUACGGCAUCUUUGUCAACUACAUGUCAUAUUGCCAUGAGAGGCUAGAUCGAAAGAACUUCCUCAUGCGCGACCAGCUCAAACGGCAGUACCGCGCCACCCAGCGCGCGCGGCACCUCGAGUACAAAGCCGCCGACAGCAAACGCCGGUUCGUCAACUACAUCUUCCACGAGGUCCGCGUCCCCCUCAACGCUGCAUCGCUGGCCGUGCAGAAUCUCGUUGGGGAAGGGUGUUUCGAUAAUGUGGAAGGCGAGCAGAUGGAUGUCGUUAAUGCCCUGAGGGGCAGUCUGGGCAUGAUGGCGAAAGUGCUUAAUGAUGUGUUGGAUUUUGAGCGCAUGCAAAGUGGGAAGCUGAUUUGUGCAGAGUCGCCGCUGGAUUUCCAUGAGACGGUUAGGUCGUUGCUUGUUAGUGCCAAGGUCGUGGCGAAUACCCGAGGAUUGAAACUGAACAUUGACCUGGACGAAGAAAUCGACAACCUCCAAAAUCGCAAAGUGAUCACCGGCGACGAGAUGCGGCUCCGGCAAGUCCUCUCCAACCUCGUAUCCAACGCAUGCAAGUUCACAAACGUAGGCGGGUCCGUCACCGUCACCACCAAAUUGCUGUUCCCGACAUCCGACAUCAGAUCUGGGAUAUCAGCGCCACCCACGUCGUUGGAGGAAUCGCCGCCGGUGUUGGGGAGUCCGUCGGAGUGCCAGAUUGAGGUGUUGGAUGUGGAUGCGCCGUUGGAGGAUGAGGGGGAGACUUCUGCUAUUAUACGUAUGGAAGUGCAGGACACAGGUGUCGGGAUAAAGAAGCAAGACAUGGUCGGCAACAAACUCUUCUCCCCCUACGUCCAAACCGACGAAGGCCGGCGACAAGGCGGCAAAGGCACAGGCCUAGGCCUCGCGCUCGUCCGGCACAUCGUCAAACUCUCCGGCGGGCGACUCGGCGUCAAAUCCCGCCGCGGACAAGGCAGUAUCUUCUGGGUCGAAAUGCCCUUCGGCCUCACCAAUGAACGCGAAACCAACUCGGUCGAAUACUCUCCACCCGGCAGCGAGCACCACCACCCCGCUGAUGAUAUCCCCAUGGCGCAUAUACCCAUGCUGAUGGGCUCCGGCUCGGAUGCUUCACUAACGCCCGCCACGCCUGUCAAGAAACAUGUGCAGAUUAACGAGGGCAUGAAUAUGGAAGACGGGUUUGCGAGCUCGGACGAUAGUAUCGACAUUAUCGUGUCGACGAUACCGCACACGGAUGUGGACGCCGCGGCCUUGAGGGAGUCGCUGAGGGAUUUCUCCAAAAUAUAUGCCAAGAAAAUGUCGGAGGAUCAGCGGCCGCCGCAUCCGUCGCUGAAUCGGGUAAAUAUGGUGGUGGAUUCGGCGACGGGACAGACGAUGGGACCGAGUGUAGCAGCUACGACGAAUGGGAUCUUCCGUGCGUCUGAUGGUGCGAGGACGAGCACGGCCGCGGAUGAGAGGUUACGCGCCGCGGGGAUGCUGCUCAAUAAUCUGGAAACGAGCGCGAGGAGCGGGGAAAACACACCCGAGAGCGAACCUGUGGAAGAGAUCAACGGCGGCACUGGUGGUCCACCUCCCCCGAACGGCAAACUCCCCAACGGCGUCUCCCACGCCUCCUCCUCCUCCUCCCACGCCACACCCACCGACCGCGCCGCGCCCACCCUCCUCAAACGUUCCCUGCGGUCCAAACCCUCCUCCUCACACCCCUCCACGGGCACCGCCUCCCCCGCCAUGUCCGCCGCCCCUUCCCGCCGCACCUCCAACGACGUGAUCGGGGGCAUCCCCCUCUCAUCCCUCACAUCCUCCUCCGCCUCCUCCACCGCGAAACCAAAGGCGUCGGUGCUGAUCGUGGACGACGAUAAGAUCACCCGGCUGUUGAUGAGCCGCCUGAUCACGCGCCUGGGCCAUUCGGUGGAGAUUGCGGAGGAUGGCGCGAUUGCGUUUGCAAAGUGUGACGAACGCAAAAGGGCCGGUGGGGAGAUGUAUGACCUCGUGCUUUUGGAUAAUCAGAUGCCGGUUAUGACAGGCGUAGAAUGCAUCAAGAAACUCCGCGAACACGAUAUCUCCGUCUGGGCGUGCGGGGUCACUGGAAACGCCAUGAUUGAAGACCAGAACGAGUUCUAUGAUGCCGGGAUCGAUCGGGUAUUAACAAAACCGGUAGUAGAAGCCGACGUCCGCGACAUGAUCGAUAUCGCGCUGCACCGACGCGACCCCCCCGUGCUUGGCCGCGACACGUGGCGGUCGGCGACGUGGAGGAGUGCGCAGAUGCUGGUGCCGCCUGUGGCUGUUGUUGGGCAUCAGGCGGGGGGCUGA